AUGGGUGACCUUCGGCCCAUAUCCUUGUGCAAUGUCUUGUAUAAGAUAGUGUCUAAGGUGAUUGCGAAUCGCUUAAAGGAAGUGUUGCCUCAGAUCAUAUCCUCAAAUCAAUCGGCGUUCAUCUCAGGACGCCUUAUUACUGAUAAUAUUAUGAUAGUGUUUGAGGUUAUGCACUAUCUCAAAAGAAAGCGUAAAGGCAAAGAAGGCUAUAUGGCGCUCAAGCUGGAUCUUAGUAAAGCUUAUGAUCGUGUGGAGUGGGGCUUUCUUCGAGCUAUGAUGCGUAAAAUGGGAUUUGAUUUGCGUUUCAUUGAUCUUGUUAUUGCUACGAUUAGCUCUGUGAGUUAUAUCUAUUGUCGGGCAAAUGAUAGAGAGGUUUCGAAUAUAUUACAUCUGCUUCAGCUAUUUGAGAUCGCUUCUGGUCAACAAGUUAAUUUCAGUAAGUCCUUUGUUUUCUUCAGUACUAAUGUGCCUAUUGCUACUCGAGACCGAUUGUGUGGGAUUCUUCGAAUGAGACUUGCUGAUGAACAUAGUACUUAUCUUAGCCUCCCUUGUGUCAUGGGAAGAAAUAAGGAUGCCAUUUUGGGGUUUUUGAAAGACAAAAUGCAGAAGCGCAUUCAAAGUUGGGAGGGUCGUUUUUUGUCUACCGCUGGGCGUGAAGUUCUAAUAAAAAUCGUAGCGCAAGCUUUGCCAAGUUUUGCUAUGUUUGUGUUCUUGUUGCCUCUGAAAACUUGUUCACAUCUAGAAAGCCUUAUUUCUAGGUAUUGGUGGAGUUCAAGUAGUAGGAAAGGUUGGCGGUUACUUCUGCACCAGGAUUCUCUUGUGGGUCGGAUAUAUAAGGCUCGAUAUUUUCCUAACUGCUCAUUCUUGGAGGCCGAGUUGGGUGGCAAUCCGAGCUUUAUAUGGCGCAGUGUCUUUGAGUCACAAUCGCUACUCAGAGAUGGUGCCCGUAGGAGAAUAGGACCAGGUUCAUCUACUGAGGCGGUCAAUGGUAAUUGGAACUCAUCUAUGGAGGAUGAUGUUUGGAAGAUGCUGUGGAAGAUUAAAGCCCCUCCUAAGGUUUUACAUUUUCCUUGGAAAGCUCUUUCGGGUUGUUUGCCUACACGUACUCAGCUUUAUAGUAGACACGUUCCUGUGGAUCUACAUUGUGUGUUGUGCAACUAUGGGGAAGAGUCAAUUUUCCAUGUUUUGGUUCAAUGUUCCUUUGCUCAUUCAUGUUGGUACCGAUCGGCGUUAGGUGUUGGCCAUUGUGCAGCAACCAAUUUUUUUGACUGGUUUUUGGAAGUGUUGGCAAUAGGCAAUAUGGGUUGGGCAAUUUGGAAGGCUCGGAAUGAUAUGCUUUGGAAUGGUAAAAUUUAUAGCGCUGCUGAUGUUGUUUGGCUGGCUCGAACCACUCUCCGACAAUGGAAGUGUGCUCAGUCUAAGCGGCUGGACUCGAUUUUCCUGUCUUCCAAUCGCACUGACACAAGAGAACGCUGGUUCAAACCGGCUGCUGGACAGUUAAAAUUAAUGUGGAUGUGGUAG